AUGCAAUCCAUACAUACUAACACCGAAUCUGCUCCCACUGUUCCACCAAAUAACGACUCUUACAGGAUGUCACCCAAUUCGAAAACACCAGGAGACUCGGACAAGGAACAAGCAGGGGAAAACGCAAACAACUCAAGAUCUGGAAUGGACCCUUCUCAUAGCAAUACAGGCAACAACAGCACAGGAGCAAUUGUUAAUCAAGCGGUAUCCGAUAUUGACCAUUCGGCGUUCCCUAGAAACGACUCAUUGAGCCAAUUUUUCCCUCGGUUUUCGUUCGACUCCAACGCUUCAAAUUCACUAUCAAUGUCCUUUGGUGGCGAUGGUACCCCUUCCUUUUCUUACAACUCCAACUCUGAACUUCCACGUGGAUACUCAGUAGUCGGACCGGCAUUGAAUAAUGUCUCAUUCAACAAGAAGGGCUCUACCUCCAAGGAAACAAAGUCUAAACCUCCUAACAAUGAAGUAUACGCGUUGCCAUAUCAGGGCUCUGAUUAUUUCAACAGACGACCAAGUGACCAAUUGGACCCGUUUAUCCCAUCCCUUCAGAGUUCUCGUUCCAGACAAGGCUCCAUGCUUCACAGACCGCGUCAAAUGAGCAUUUUGGCAUCAAACACCGGUGGUGAGUCGCAAUCAGACUUUGAUUCCUUUUUGAGGAAAGAUGGAUUCAAAGGGAUGCUUGUCGAUCAAGGGGAUCUUCUUGAUAACAUCGGCAACUUCGAUGGUCAAUAUCAUCGCAAUUCUAUUCUGCCUUUUCCUAGGUUGUCAAUAUCUGCCCCAUCCAACCAAGGGUUAUAUGGAAAUCAAACACCUCCAUUCGCUCCUCAAACUACUGGGGUUCAACAGAAUACAAAUCCAAAUCAAUAUCAGAACCAAAACCAACUAAAUUAUAGGGGCAAACCUGGACCUUAUAUAAAGACAGAUCCGACAAAGCAGGAUGAUGAGGAAAGGAGAGGGCCACAGGAUGCCACUCAGCCGAAGCAGGAGUAUACGUUCAACUCUAAGGUAGCUUCGAAAGAGCCAAGUUUAUCUCCCUCUCCAGCUGCUUCGUACCCACCCGAGGAUAAGAAGGCACAUACCCAACAGAAUGCAACAGGCAGUAUUAACGUCAAUAACUCAAUCAACAACGUCCAGGGAUCUAAACAAUUUCAAUAUCAGCAGGUGCCGACCGCGGGUCAGUAUUAUACACAGAAUCCACCAUUGCCAAGUCAGAACGACCAAGGACAGCAUAUUACUCAGGUACCGCAGAUACCCAGUCAUCCAUUGGCUCCUGACCAUUUACAACAACAACAACAACAACAACCCCAGCAACAGCAACAACAACCUCAACAACAGGCAUAUGGUCGUCAGCAGAACUAUUCAAUGUCACAAUACCAGCCAAAGGCAAACAUGUACUACCAACAAUAUCCUCAAUCAGGAUUUCAAUAUCCCAACACCUCAAAUACACAGAUCCCAAUGACACCACAAAAUCAACAGCAGAAUCGUUCAACCAAAAAGGCAAAAACUAUUCAAUCUCAAUCUGCAAUUGCUUCACCUCGUGACUUAUCGCCUGGAUCACCCCCCACAUCGGGUAAUGAAACUGUUCGACCACUGGUUGGUGCGACAAAGAUUGAUCAAUUGAUGUUGGUGAUUCAAGCCAGAAAUAAGGGAAUUACAAAACCUAUAGCAAGAGCUCCAGAUGGGAGUAUCAUUGAAGAUGAAACUGUGAUACCCAAAGUUAAUGAUUUGGUUGGCGGCAUUGAAAAACCACACUCAAAGGGUUCUAAGCAACAUGAAUGUCCUCACUGCUUCAAGAAGUUUACCCAGGCAACUCAUCUAGAAGUCCAUAUUCGAAGCCAUAUUGGCUUGAAGCCUUAUGCUUGUGAGUACUGUGGGAAAAGAUUCACUCAAGGUGGAAACCUGAGGACCCAUCUUCGUUUGCAUACGGGCGAAAAACCUUUUGAGUGUAAUACUUGCCAUAAGAAGUUCAGCAGGAAGGGAAAUUUACAAGCCCAUCGUCUGACCCAUGAAAACUUUAAGCCAUUUGUUUGCAAACUUGACGAUUGCAACAAAACAUUCACUCAGUUGGGGAACUUGAAAGCUCACCAAAACCGUUUCCAUUUUGAGAGUUUGAAUAUGCUAACUACAAAGUUGGCAAGCCUCAGCGCUUCUGGAGAAGAAGAUCUUCAAACGGCGUUCAAUAAGCUUCCUCAACAAGAACGUGAGUUAUUGGAGUAUUUCUCCAACUUGUACAAGAAUCUUAACAGGGGUAUUCGUGGCCGUGGAGGUGGAGCUCAUUCACCUCAACAACAAUUACCACAGGAAGAAGAGAAACAGGUCGAUCAACAACAAAACUAUUACAUGACUUGA